CCUCCAUCGUCAGUAGCUGUUGAAUUUGCCUUCUCCAGCGCCUAUCACUCCCGUAUCCGUCCCGCCGCCACAUUGUAUCCUCCAAGCUCCCCACCCGUAACAGCAGUCGCCACCUGCGUACCUGCUCCGGGCCUUUCAAGCUCCUAGCUGCCUCACCCUCUUUAAAGAGAAGCCAAUUCUCUUUACUCAUCUUCUUCAACCUCACAACUACCUCACAGCCAUCUCCGCCACCAUGAUUGCCCCCGUAUUUCGGCAGUGCGCCCGCCGUGCCGCGCCGGUGGCCAUGCGCCACGCAUACGUCGCUGCCGCUGCGCGCAUGCUACACAAUGGCCCUCCCCGCCAGGACAAGCCUGGUAGCUACUCACGAACCGACCCUGGCGUCGAGCUUGAGCACCCCGCGGAGCACGAGCUUCCUAGCAGCAAGCCCGUCGCUGGUACUGGUGGCCAGUACGUUAAGCCUACCCUCGGUAGCUUCUCUCUCGACAACAACGUCGGUAUCGUCACUGGCGGCGCCCGUGGCCUCGGUCUCGUCAUCGGCCAGGGAAUGGUAUUCUCUGGCUCUAACCUCGCCCUUGUCGACAUGAACAAAGAGGAGGCUGAGAAGCAGACCGGCCUGCUCAUUGAGGCUUUCAAGAAGGAGAAUCCUCGUGCUGAGCGCAUCCCCAAGGUUACCGCCCACUACGCUGACGUCUCCGACCCCGAGUCCGUCGACGCCUGCAUCGCCGAGAUUCUCGCCGCCCACGGCAAGAUCGACAACCUCGUCACAUCUGCUGGUUUCACUGAGAACUUUGAGGCCGUCAACUACCCCAUCGAGCGUAUGCGCAAGCUCUGGGCCGUCAAUGUCGACGGCACCUACCUUUUCGCUACCUCUGUCGCUCGUCACCUGAUGGAGCGCAAGAGCCCCGGCAGCAUCGUCAUGAUCGGCAGCAUGUCUGGCUCUAUCGUCAACGUGCCCCAGCCUCAGACGCCUUACAACACCUCCAAGGCCGCUGUCCGACAUCUCGCUGCCUCCCUCGCCGUUGAGUGGGCCCACGCCGGCAUUCGCGUCAACUGUAUCUCCCCGGGAUACAUGCUGACCGCAUUGACUGAGAAGAUCCUCGACGAGAACCCGGCUCUCAAGCAGAAGUGGACCUCGCUCAUCCCUCAGGGAAAGAUGGGUCUGCCCAAGGACCUCAUGGGCCCUGUUACCUUCCUGCUAUCUGACGCCAGCCUGUACGUGACCGGCGCGGAUCUGCGCGUUGACGGCGGUUAUACCGUCACCUAAGCGGCAAGGAAAAAAGAGGCUACUACUCUCAUUUGUGUUUAUUUCAGGCGGGCGUGCCGGCAUAGAAUCGGGUUGGCUUAGAUAAUGAUAAUGCUACAAACCAAAAAAGUUUUUCUUGCUGCACAAA